UAGCUAACCUAAUUUAACUUCAAUAGCAGAAAAUGCAAGCUGUCAUGUUAACUAAUUCAUAACAGAAAUCAUCUAACUUCCAUAACUAACCAUUUUGCCUCGAAUUCCAAUUCCAUAGCUGAAUUUCACUAACCCCUAAGUUGCCCUAAAAAAACUUACCUAACUACCUGCCCAAUUCUGUUACAAGCUGUGAGCUCUAUAAAAGCCUCGUCAUUGCCAAUCAUUAGAUCACGAUCACAAAUCUCAGAAUUUUACUCUCACUCUGUUUUUUAUCAAUCCAAAUUCUCUCCCUCUCUCACUCAAAGCUCUAUUCAGAACUCCAUUGAAGCUUCACCUUGAAGCUUCAAGAAGAGUGAGCUUAACCUUUCAUCAAUCUCAAUUUAAUCGUAUCACAAAAAGAAGUUUGUGAGAAGAAGUGAAAGCAGAAGAAGAAGCAUACAUCAAGAGAGAGCCAAGAGCAUACCUGUUAAUCAAGUGAUUUUCCAUCUCCAGUUUGUCUUCUUUGAUUCAACAUUUCUCCGGAGCGAUCCUCAGCUUCAGAGAUAAAAUGGCUAACCAAGACGAUACCCAUGCCGCGAAUGAAUCACGUAAUAAUGUUGAAAAAGAAAUCAAACGAGGAUUGACUGUUAUGAAGUCAAUCAUUCGUGCAAGAGACAAGGGUGUAAAAUUUGAAGUACAUUGGAGUGCUGAAGACCAACUAAUUGAGCCUAACGGUUCAAUGUUGGCAAGUUACAUUGGUUUCCUUGUUCGCCAACAUAUUCCGAUUACAUGUGAUAAUUGGAGAAGUCCGGACUUGAAGGUUGGCAAGGAAAAAAUAUGGUCGGAGAUACAGAGAUCCUUUCACAUCGAUGAAAGCCGGCAAAAAUAUUGUAUUCAAUUGGCCGGAAAAAGACUCUGAGGAUUUCGAUCCUUUUUGUGCAACAAAUUUCUCAAGGAUGAGGAAGGAAAAUUUGUUGAAGGAGAACGGCCAAUGAAGUAUGUCGAGAUUAUUUCAGCCGAUGAAUGGGAUAACUUUGUCGCCAAACGAAGAAACGAAAAAUUCCAUGAAGUAAGCGACAUAAAUAGGAAAAGGGCAUCAAAACCCGCGUAUCCGUACAAAAAAGGGCGUACGGGUUAUGCACGGUUACAACAAAGAAUUCUAGCCGAGGAGAAAAGUGACGCAACAUCUCUUCCGGAUCACGUAUUAUGGAAGGCUGCUCGGGUUGGGAAGGAUGGGACUGUCGUUGAAGCGGUCCAAAAUGUUUAUGACGAAUGUGAGACUUUAUCCCAAACCGUACCUUCAACCGAGGUCCAGGAUUGCAGGAGCGUACUUAGUCGAGUACUAAAUGUUCCUGAGUAUUCCGGUCGUGUGAGGGGUAAGGGUUUUGGUGUGACUCCGUCGUCAUUUUAUAAAAAAACAAAAACAAAAAAUCCUACCAACAAAGAGGUGAUGGAGACCUUGGCGGAGUUAAGGGCACAAGUACUCCAACUGCAAAACGAGAAUGCAAGGUAUAGAGAGGAAAGGUGCGCUUCCGAGGCAAAAGAUACUAGUGACCGAGCUAGUAUCAAUCAUCAACCGAAAUUUCCCGAGGGCAUUUCACCUUGUCAGCUGUAUCUAUCGUCACCAACUUAUCGCAUGGUUGGCAAGGGAAAAGUGCACAAUACUUCGGGUGAAUUACUUCACCAUAAUCCCCUCCCGGUGGGAUUUAUGAAAGUUUCGGUUGACCUCGUAUUAGAUACGGACGCCCGUCUACCAUUACCCGACGUUGUUUCAGAGACAACGUUGAUGCGAGAUGCAGUCGGAUCCUUUGUUGGUUGGCCGUCAGAUCUAAUUUUCCCUGAUGCCGAGACUCCUACAAGACCCACCCCUAAAGCUGGUAAAGGGAUUUCAAGACGCAUCGAGUCGGUUGCAUCUCAAAAAGAGGUUCCCGGUCGAAAGUUGAAAAGCGAUGGUAAGGAUAUUCCAACGAAGGAUAUUCCAACGACGGCCGGGACAAAAUCUCAAAUUAUGAUGCGUCUUGAGAAAAUGGUGGAAGAGUCCGAUAUUAUGGACGGGUCCAUUCGUAGUAUAGAUUUUGAUGAAGGUGUUUUCGGAAAAGCUCAUUUCGAAAUAAUUGGAAAGGAGGACAUGCAACAACUUUUUGAGCACGACGAAUUGGGCAUCGCUAUCAUUCAUACAUACAUAUGGUAUAUGUAUGACAAAUUGAUGCGGGGAACUGAAUUGUGUAACCGUUUCAAUUUUAUUGCUGCUUCCCGUGUCAACGCAACGUUAAUAUCGAAAAAUCCAACAUCCGUAAAGAAUGAUCUAGUCGAUAGAUUCAUGGCGGCCAGCGAUAAUACUACACGCAUGGUCACUGGAUGUUGGUUGCUAUGGAUCUUUCGAGACUAAUAGUGUAUUAUCUCGAUUCGUUAUCGGGUGAUUGGAGUAAAUAUCCGGGUUUGAAGAAGAUGGUUGACACGGCAAUAAUAAAAUUUAGAUCGAAAAAGAAUUACCGCAUUAGGAAGGACAUUACCUGGGUCAGAGUUCAGGUAUAUAUGUCCUCAGCAAAAUAAUUCGGUCGAUUGCGGAUUUUUUGUAUUGAGAUUUAUGAGAGAUAUUGUAACACCCUUCUAAAAUACCCCAAAUUUUUAACUAAAAAUAAUAAACAUAUAACAAUUCAGAGUAAUUAUGCCAUUCAAGGGUGUCACACAUAAUAUUCACACCA